AUGCACUUCGAGUCGCGUGUAUCCACAACUACCAUCCAUGAACUUCUCUUCGCCGACGACUGCGCUCUCAACGCAACUACACAAGGAGACAUGCGAAGGAGCAUGGACCUUUUCGCCGCCGCCUGUGACAACUUUGGCUUAAUCAUCAGCACGGAGAAAAUGGCGAUUAUGCACCAGCCAACACCCAACGUUGUCUAUAGUUCACCUCACAUCAACGUGAGUGGCGCCCAACUGCAAGUCGUGGACAACUUCACCUAUCUGGACAGCACCCUCUCUCGCAACACCAAAAUCGACGACGAAAUGGUCCACCGGAUUACCGAAGCCAGUCAAGCCUUCGGUCACCUGCAGACCAUCCUCUGGAAUCGUCAUGAUCCCCCCCUAAGCACUAAGUUCAAGAUGUACAGGACAGUCAUCCUGCCGACGCUGCUCUAUGGAAUGGAGACUUGGAAGGUGUACACGAAGUAG